AUGGAAGUCAGGCAUGACUGGCUCUCCUCAUCCCCCCAUGAGGGCUUCGAGCAGAUGAGGCUGAAGAGCAGACCCAGGGAGCCUUCCCCAAGCCUCACCAGAGUAGGUGCGAACUUCUACAGCACUGUCAAGCAGCAGGACUACAGUGCCAGUGUCUGGCUGAGGAGGAAAGACAAACUGGAGCACUCCCAGCAAAGAUGCAUUGUGAUCUUUGCACUGGUAUGCUGCUUUGCAAUUCUGGUUGCACUGAUAUUUUCGGCAGUGGAUAUUAUGGGAGAAGAUGAGGAUGGACUCUCAGAAAAGAACUGUCAAAAUAACUGUCGGGUUGCUCUUGUGGAAAAUAUUCCUGAAGGGAUCAACUAUUCAGACAGUGCACCAUCCCAUUUGUCUCUUUUCCAAGGCUGGAUGAAUUUGCUUAAUAUGGCUGAAAAGUCUGUUGACAUAGUAUCUUCCCAGUGGGACCUCAAUCACAGUCAUCCAUCAGCAUGCCAGGGUCAGCGUCUUUUUGAAAAAUUGCUUGAACUGGCAUCCCGAAAUAUUGAGAUAAAACUGGUGAGCGAUAUACUGCCUGUAGAAUCAAAGGUAUUAAACGACUUGAAAACAAAGGGUGCUGAAGUGCUAUAUAUGAACAUGUCAGCAUAUAAUGAAGGUCGGCUUCAGUCAUCUUUCUGGAUUGUUGAUAAACAGCACGUGUACAUUGGAAGUGCCAGCCUAGACUGGAGAUCACUGGGACAGAUGAAGGAACUUGGCAUCAUCGUAUACAACUGUAGCUGCCUGGUCCUGGAUUUACAAAGGAUAUUUGCCCUGUAUAGCUCAUUAAGAUACAAGAAUAAAAUACCUCCGAGUUGGUCUAAGAGACUAUAUGGAGUGUACGAUACUCAGAAUAAACUGACACUGCAGCUGAACGAGACCAAAUCAGAAGCUUUUGUGUCGAAUUCACCUAAACUCUUCUGCCCAAAGGACAGAGUCCUGGAUAUUGAAGCUAUAUACAGUGUAAUCGAUGAUGCGAAACAGUUUGUAUACAUAGCUGUCAUGGACUACUUGCCGAUCGUCAUUGACACCAAUGCUAAACGGUACUGGCCAUAUUUAGAUGGGAAGAUAAGAGAAGCAUUAGUUUUACGGAGUAUUAAAGUACGACUUCUCAUAAGUUUCUCAAGAGACACAGAUCCCCUUACUUUUAACUUUGUUUCAUCUCUGAAAGCUAUUUGCACUGAAGUUCCAAGCUGUAGUUUGAAAGUUAAAUUCUUUGACCUUGAGGAGGAGAGUGCAUGCUUUCUUAAAGAACAGAAGAACACUUCUCUUCCCAGAUUAAAUCGUAACAAAUAUAUGGUGACCGAUGGAGCUGCAUACAUUGGUAAUUUUGAUUGGGUAGGAAAUGCUUUUACGCAGAAUGCUGGAGCUGGCCUUGUUAUCAACCAAGCAGACGUGGGGAACAGCACAAGCAUCAUUAAGCAACUCAAGGCUGUUUUUGAAAGAGACUGGUAUUCACAUUAUGCCAAAAGUUUACAACCAACAAAAAUCCCAAACUGCUUUAAUCACAAACUUAAUAAAGCAACAUCAAAUAAGACUGCCAUGAGCAAUGUGAAUUAGAAAGACUGUUUUACUGUUUAGUAUGGCAAUGAAGAAUUACGUUGGGGUGUAGCCCUCUUUCAUAUUUACAGACAAAAGACUUAAAGAAAAAGCAAAAAAAAAGUUUGGUUGGGGGGGGUGUUUUUAGGAAAAAGCACACUUAUAUAAAAUGUCUGAACUAUAUUCUCUAUAUUGAAUUAUUUAAGACUUUCAAAUUUGUUACUUCUGACACUGAAUGUCAUUUCUGCUUCCAUGUUACUUUUAAUGUUCUGUGUUUGAAUUUAACAGCAUGUGUCAAUUUUUCUGUUUUAGUUUUAGGACUUUUCCUAAUUGCUAUCCUGGCUCAAAUGAAGCUUGAGGCAAAACCAAGAUUCAAAUGAAAUGGCAUUCUAAGAUCAGUUAUUAUUGACAUACAAGUAGAUGGUAGGUUUACUGUAUUAGCAAACAUAAAGAAAUAAGCAAACUUCCACCCAUAUAAAUCAUUCCCUUUAAAUAAAUACCCAGUCAUGCAAAUACUUCCCAGUUUUGAACAUUUAGUUUCAGUUAUUACUCUUUCGUGUCUUCUAACUAGCCUUAAAAUACCUUAGAGUUACAUGACUGGUAGUUCAUUCAUCUCCUAAAAGUACAAGAAAGUUUUGACGGAUUCAGGUGGCCUCAUCAAGUUUGUCAUAAUUCCUAAAGCCUCUCAGAUAAAUGGAUUAUUUAUAAAAGUAAUGUGGAUUCCUUUUAACAUAAUACUUAUUUCCAGUUAUACAUUUUCCAUCUAACAGUGAAAAUCUCUGGAUUAAUAACAAAGACCUAGGGCUGUUUUUUUGUUUUGGUUUUUUUUUGGUAAUCUCAAAAUUUCUUCCCCAAGUGAAAUAUUUAUCAAGUGUGAGUCAGCAGUUGCAUGAUGACUCAUUAUCGAACCAAUGCAUAUAU